GAAAUUCCACCAACCACCAACUGCCAGCCAGCACUGAGGACGAAGUGUUAGAAACAUUUCCCCCAUCAGAAUUAAAAUCCCCCAGAAGUAGUUACCAAUUUUCUUCGCCGCACUUUCUAGUAAUAUCGGAGAGAUGGCUUGGAUAACACGAUUUCUAACGGCGGUGGCUUUCUUGGCUGUCGGAGUGAUAUUCUCACCGGAGACCUUCGGAUCAAAAUUGGACGGUCCAAAUUCACCCAAGCUCUCCACUUUCAUUAAGCUAGCUCAUCUCCUCAGCUUCGCAACCGCCUGGGGCGCCGCCCUUUGGGUCACUUUCAUCGGCGGUAUCAUCAUGUUCAAGAAUCUGCCAAGGCAUCAAUUUGGUAAUCUACAAAGCAAGAUGUUCCCGGCUUAUUUCUCGAUGGUCGGUGUUUGUUGUGCCAUAGCGGUGGCGGCGUUUGGUUAUUUGCAUCCGUGGAAGUCGGCGACCACUGCGGAGAAGUACCAGCUUGGGUUUUUAGUCUCUGGUUUUGCUUUCAAUCUCUCCAAUUUGCUCGUUUUUACUCCCAUGACCAUUGAGAUGAUGAAGCAAAGGCACAAGGUGGAGAAAGAACAGAACAUUGGUGAUGAAAUUGGGUGGUCAAAGAAUCAAGAAGCUGCAAAGUCUAAUCCAAAGCUUGCAGCCAUGAACAAAAAAUUUGGAAUGAUUCACGGGUUAUCUUCCCUUUCUAAUAUUAUGUCCUUUGGCAGCCUUGCCAUGCACUCAUGGUACUUAGCUGGUAAGCUCAAUCUGUAGUUUGGAGAUGAUGUUUCCUUCUACAUGGAAAGUUAGAGUUUCCCCUCUGGCUAUAGACUAAAGUAAUCACCUUUACUUUGUGUUUCUCUUGGAUAACCUGUUGCAAUUACUCUUGCCAGGAUUAUGUAAAAUUGAACAAUAUGUCAAGAAAAAGGAUUUAGUCUUGUUAGUUUAUUUGAAAAUAAAUUUACAAAGUUACAUGGCUUUUCCGUCAA